UAUUCAUCACUCAUAUUUUGAGUACAAACCAAACCACCUGUUCCUGUUUCUCAAAUAGAUUUCAGGGGUUUGGAUGGGUAGUAGGAAACAGAAACCACUUUCUCACUUCCAAGGAGAAAGAGUCCCCUCACUAUCUCUCUAUACUUUCUGAUAUUAAUCUUAGACUAAUUAGCUUUAGCUUAGCGAGGUUUAUAUUCUAUUUAACCAAAAUUCCAGAACCACCUUCUUAAUACUUGCUUUCGAUGUUGGUGCAAGUUCAACAAUCUUUCUCCACUUUUUACAGUCUAAUUUGUAAGAUGUAAGGUUAAUUUAAGCUCUAAUUUAGUAGGGCCACCUCUAUUUUCUUUUCCUGUUUGAGUCUUUUCUUGUUUCAGUUCCAAGAUCUUGUUUUUUUUUUUUUUUUUUUUUUACCUUCUUCUCUCAUCACUCACCUUCUUACCUUGGUAAUAAGGUUGAAUUUAGUGAGAUGGGUUGGUGUGUUAAGCACCCAAAUAUAUCAAAAUCAUACAAAAAAUAUAAAAAUAAAGAAUAUAUUAAUAUUAAGUUAGUGAUUAUAUUUUUAUUAAGCUUUGCUCUUGGAUUAGCUAGGCACUGUAAAGUGAAUUAGGGCUGAGAAAAUUACAAAAAGAUCCAUAUAAUUAGGGACAACCAUAAAUUAGAACACGAAGAUAGGUAAUGUAAACGCACUUUUCAUUUAUUUUUUGGGAAAAUCUACAGUACCCUUUAAAAAAACGGAGGCUGAGAUUACGGCCAAGUACAUAAUAUCUAUAAGAUAUCAGAUUUUAAUGGAACUGAGAGGGCGAGAUCAUAAGGUCAUAGGGAGGAUGCCAAGCACUCUGACCUAUACUCCUCCUCCCCAUAGGGAUUCUUCUUCCUCCAAGCUUUCUUCUUCUCCGGCUUUCUCCUCAGCGGGACAUCAUGGUAGUAACACCAUACUCUUCACCCACCCACCUCAUCAAACCCUAGACAGAUCAAGAAGAGAUCCUGACCCAAACCCAGAUCUAGUUCCAUCUCCAGUUGUUGUCACCCCAAGUGCAACAGCAACAAUUGCUAGUGGAUCAAAUUUCAAAGCACCACCAGCUCCACCGCCACCGCCGCCAAGUGCAGCAGCAUCAAGAAUUAGGUAUAGGGAGUGUUUGAAAAACCACGCUGCCAACAGCGGCGGCCACGUGCUCGAUGGGUGCGGAGAGUUCAUGCCGAGCGGAGAUGAAGACACUGCGGGAGCACUAAAAUGCGCAGCUUGCGAGUGUCAUAGAAAUUUUCACAGAAAAGAGAUCGAUGGCGAAUAUGUGUCAAAUAAUUACUAUGUCCUAAACCACCAACAACAAAACAGCCGUAGAGACUCGGCGCUUACAAGAUUGCCGGUGCUAGCCUCCCCACCACGGGCGCUUCCUGUUUAUCAUUCUACGGCUGGAGGGCCCAGUCAGCCGAUGAUGAUGACCUUCGGCGGCGGUGGUGGGGUGGUUGCGGAGUCAUCGAGUGAGGAUCUCAACAUGUACAAUAAAUUGUUUCGCGGUGCAAAUUAUGCGGAGGAGGCACAAGGUUCGAAGAAGCGGUUUAGGACGAAGUUCAGUCAAGAGCAGAAGGAGAAGAUGACGGAUGUGGCGGAGAAGUUGGGGUGGAGGAUCCAGAAGCAUGAUGAGCAAGAAGUGCAGAAGUUGUGUUCUGAAGUGGGUAUAAAGAGGCAGGUGUUCAAGGUAUGGAUGCACAAUAACAAAAAAGUCAUGAAGAAGAAGCAAAUGUAAGUCAAUUAAAACUUCACAAUAAUUGAUGUUUAAUUGGAAAGAAGUCCUUGAGAUAUAAUUAAUUGGUUUGUAACUGGGAAUUAAUAGAUAAUUUUAGUGACUACUUAGAUCAGGAAUAUUUGCAUAUAUAUACUAGAGAUAUGGAGGAGGUAGAUAAUAAUCUCACUUCCAUCUAGCUAUUUUUUUUUCUUCAUUUAUCUUGUUGGAUGUGCUGUUUGGUUGCUUUCAGAAACAUCGUAAAUAAUACCAACAAAUUUUCUUGUGCUCAGAAA